GAGGCUAUUCUGCUUCCUUAUUGGGUCACUAUGAGUUGGAAUAUUUAUUACCAGGUGGACUUACGAAUUCCUACUUUUUCCUGUGAUUUAUAAUUCAUCACUGUACUUAUUUUGGUACUCAAAUGUUCCUAGAUUUGAUCAGGUGUAGCACCUUUAAGCUGGCUUCUGUGGUGUUGUGACAUGUCCCAACCUUUUUUUUUUUCCUCCUAAGCUCUUAUUUUCUAGAAUAACAAGAUGAUCUAAGCUCAUCUUGUACCUUCCCUGCCCCAGACCUGGAAUCAGCCACUUCUCCCAGUUGAGCAUUUUGGUUUAAACUCUGAUGCAUGUAGUAAGCAAGAGUCUCAAAGGCUAGGAUUGUUGAAGGGGUCAGGAGAAAGAGCAUGCUGUGUGCUCUCUUAACCCCAUUCCUGUCACUCAGGGUUACCAUAAUGAAAGAUAAAGAUACCAGGAAGAGUAAAGGGGUUGCAUUUAUUUUAUUUUUGGAUAAAGAAUCUGCACAAAACUGUACCAGAGCAAUAAAUAACAAACAGUUAUUUGGUAGAAUGAUAAAAGCAAGCAUUGCUAUUGACAAUGGAAGAGCAGCUGAGUUCAUCCGAAGGCGACACUACUUUGAUAAAUCUAAGUGUUAUGAAUGUGGGGAAAGUGGUCACUUAAGUUAUGCCUGUCCUAAAAAUAUGCUUGGAGAACGUGAGCCUCCAAAGAAGAAGGAGAAAAAGAAAAAAAAGAAAAUCUCUGAACCAGAAGAACAAAUUGAGGAAGUAGAAGAAAGUGACGAUGAAGGGGAAGAUCCUGCUCUUGACAGUCUCAGUCAAGCCAUAGCUUUCCAGCAAGCCAAAAUUGAAGAAGAAGAAAAAAAAUGGAAACCCAGUUCAGGGAACCCCUCAACAUCAGAUGAUUCAAGACGCCCACGGAUAAAGAAAAGCACAUAUUUCAGUGAUGAGGAGGAACUUAGUGAUUAAAGUUAGUAUUUAUUAUGUAAAUGUCAUUAAAAGUAAAAAAAAAAAAAAA